CCUGAAGACCACUGUGAAGACAGAGAAGGGGCAGGAGGUGGUUAAACUGAGCCCGCUACCCAAGAGAGCCAAACGCACCUACCUGGCAAUGGACACGGACAAGGAAGUUAUCGGCUACGUCAUUCCCGUAUUUAGAGCCAAUCAUGAUGUUGUUCGCGGUCUGAUGGAGUCCCAGGAGGAGAUGACGGAGGAGGGGAUUAACUAUGUGGCCAUGAGGAACCUGUUUGUGAGGGAGGCCAAGGAGGCGAUGGAGGUUAGAGUGGAGAGGAAAACCAGAUCAACGCAUAUCAGGGAGUCUGCCGAGCGCAUGGCACUGAGCCAGACG